AUUAAAUUAAUACGAUAAUCCUAGUUUAAAAGAAUAAAAAAAAGGGGUAUAAAACUACUUAUUUGUAUUUUGUCUACACAAUCCAGAUAAAAAUGGCUAAUCUGGAGCUAGCGUCGAAUCGGAUCGAUCUCCUGCCUUUCAUGGUGGUCCUUCUCAUCGUCGCCCACGUCAUCGCCUUUGUUUACUGGUUUUACAAAUUAGCUACUGAUAAGACAUCGAAGAAAACGAAGAAGCACUGAAGAUUACAGAAGAAAGUCGGCGAAGGAAGUGAAAACUUAAAAUGUUUUUGUCAUUUUCGUUCCUCGUUUUUUGAUUAAUUUUUUCAAUAUUGUUCGAUUCGUUAGUCUCAUCCAUGAAUUGAUUGUUCAAAGUUGUUAAAACAGGAAAUUUUAUGUGAAAUGAUUCCGAUUUGAGUUGUGCGUUCCCAUUGAUUUUGAUAUUGCAACCAAGCGAAAAAUAGGUUCUGUUACAGUCUGAUAUGCUACUUCACUCAGUCAUUAUAACAAACAGUUUGUGGGUUCGGUCUCAGAGGCCUAUACUCACCUCUCUCUAUCGGCGUUUAUGCGUAUCUGCUGAUGUUUUUACUUCGUGUAAGGGGUCACAUGACUCACAUAUAGAUGAGGAUUGCAAUGAUUUUCUGCCAUGGCUUGAAAACAAGGCCGGAUGUGAAAUUUCUUCUGUACUCUCAAUUAGGAAGUCGGCCUAUGGUAGGGCAUUGUGUGCUGCUGAGGAUAUACAAACAGGGGAUUGCUUGUUGAAGGUUCCGUUUAGUGUGCAGCUCGCCCCGGAUAAUCUUCCUCCUGGGAUAGCUUGUUUGCUGGGAGAUGAAGUUGGUGAUGUUGCAAAAGUUGCUUUACUCAUUCUGCAUGAGAAGAAGUUGGGAAAGAAGUCCGAGUGGGCGCCUUACAUCAGCCGUCUUCCUCUGCCAGAGGAUAUGCACAGCUCGGUAUUCUGGAGUGACGAAGAACUGGAGAUGAUUCGACAGAGUGCUCUGUAUGAAGAAACUCUCAAACAGAAGAAACAGAUCGAGAAAGACUUCUUGGCUGUUAAGUUAGUCUCUGAUAGAUUUCAGAAUAUUACGCUACAGGAUUUCACAUAUGCAUAUGGGUUAGUUACUUCUCGAGCAUGGGUGAGCUCGAGGGGUGUUUCCAUGAUCCCUUUUGCAGAUUUCUUGAACCAUGAUGGCACUUCAGAGUCGUAUGUUUUGAGUGAUGAAGGCAGACAGCAUUCGGAGGUUAUAGCUGACCGUGAUUUUGCUCCGGGUGAUGAGGUCCUUAUAAGAUAUGGAAAGUUUUCAAAUGCUACACUCAUUCUGGAUUUUGGUUUUGCUGUUCCUUGCAACCGUUAUGAUCAAGUUCCUGUCAAGCUUAAUGUACCUCAACACGAUCCACUUUACACGCAGAAGUUGGAGGUUCUUGGUAAAGAUCGUACACCAAGGAUCAAGGAUGACAACGAGUUCACGUACUCUGAAAAUUCUUUCACAAUCAGAGAAGUGGGAGCUGGUAGUAGGUGGGGGAAGGGAAUCCCCCAAUCACUUCGUGCAUUUGCUCGCAUCAUGGCUUGCGAUUCUCAGCAAGAACUAGAUGACUUGGCGAAGGAAGCUGCGGAGAAUGAUGGAAGGCUGGCUCGGAAGCCAUUGAAGAAUAAGAACAGAGAGAUUGCAGCCCAUCAGCUGCUGCUCUCGGAGAUGUCUCGUUUGAUAAAAGAUUACAAUGAACACAUCAAGUUGCUGGUUAGCACUAAGACCAUCACUCUACGCGAAAAGAGUUCUCUAAGAAGGCGAUUAGCACUAGAACUCCUGACCGGUGAACUACGAGUGCUGAAGGCUGCUUCUGCAUGGCUGGAGAGCUACUGUUCGACGUCGUGAAAGACACGUUGAAGAGUUAAUUGCAGAUCAGAUACAAGGUAAAAACUACACCAACUUUACAUAAUCUCAAUUGUUUACAUUUUACUCAGUAUUCUGAAAAAUUAUGCUUUCAUAUUUGAAGUGGAAACGGGCCAUAGGUUAUACUUUAUCAACAAUUGAUGACACUAUUAAUUCAUUGAUAUUAAUGUUAUCUUUUGUGUUUUCUCUUGGAGUUAAUUGGUUUCUUUUUCUUAAUAUGGAUGCCUUAGAUGUUAAGGCUUUUAGUUAUCCUGGAUUGGAAUGCUCUUUAGCUUGCCUUCAAAACUCUUUUUUUCCUUGCUUCUUUACUUUUAAGUCACUAGUUUCUACUCUAGGAAUCUUUGACUUAAUUUUGUGCCAAACUUAAUCUUUGUGGCCCUCAUUUGCGAAUUAGUUGAAUUCAUAUCUUAAUGAAUACUAUGACCAUGCUACGAAUUGAUCUAUAAGUCUUGUAAACUAGUGUUUGGUAAUAAUUUUGGGUGCUGAAGUUAUGUUAAUGCUUUUGGGUGACAAUGAAAUGCAACUUGUGCUGUGUAGAAAGCGACCUAAUUGUGUUGUGACACAAUCAGUGUGCAAGGUUGCUUUCCAACAAGUCAUAUUCUUGCUUGUAAAAGAUAAACUUUUAAGUCUAUGUUAGGUAGCAUUUGUGCGAGUGAUAUAUAUUCCCACCGUCCCAGACCAAUAGGCUCAUUUCUUUUCAACACGGAAAUUAAGAAAUUCACUUUUUCGUAGUUAAAUGUGGUGUGGUCCACCAAAAAGUAACCUUUUAAAAGUACUCCCUUAUGAAAAGACUAAAUAGUACUCCUUUAUUAUUACUUAAUAAAGUCCCUAAACAUUCCAUAUUAAGACUGAGCCUAUUGUAGUGAGACAACCUAAAAUGGAAAAUGAGCUUAUUGGAGUGGGACGAAGGGAGUAUAAGAAUAGUACAGGUUAAUUUAUUAUGUAUUUUGAUGGAUUAAUUAAUUUUGUAUUUGUUUGAUCAUCUCAUCCUUCAAAUGCAUAAUCACAUAUUCGUAUAAAAAAAAAAUCUAUCAGGCAGACUAAAGCGCGUAUUAUUCAAUAAAAAACUUUAGUAACGGUCCCGAGUAGAGAAGUUGCGCUUUCUUAACUAAUGCUUUUUUUUUUGAUAAAUCGCUUUCUUAACUAAUGCUAUUACUUUUAUUUUGUCUCAUUCAUGAAAUAGUUGUACACAAUUUAUGUCAAAUGUUUAAUGUUUUUGUUUUUUCUUCUUCGAAAGUGGGUAGGUAACUGACUCAAGCGCCCCUUUCCAAUAUUUAAAAAGAAAAUGAUCAUAAAAUUAUAUUAUCCUAAUUAUAAUUAUAAUUAUAAUUUAAAUUCAUUAUAUGAGUUUAGUUUCCUUUGGGAGUAGUUUUUGCGGUGGGUAAAUAAUGGGGUGUUCAACUUCCAUGCCACUCUAAAAAUUUAAUUAGGUGAAUAAUUAUAUAUCACAUGGCAUGGUUGUACAAAGAUUGUGACACAUCUACUUGAUUCCUUCCUUGCGCCUUUAUUUUCUAAAGCAACAUAAUCAUCUUAAACUGCAUUAGUUUUUACCUUUUUGUUUUCUUUAAACAAAAAUUUUGUAGCAUGCAAUAUUAACAGACUCAUGAAAGCUUGUAAAGUUAGAUUAUGUGCGUGCAAUUUUUUUAAUUCUUAAUUAGACGGUGUGAAUUGUUGCAGUAUGAGAAUUAUUGUUAACAAGAUGGUGGUGGACAAUUGGGUAUACACGAGUUUCAACUCAAUUGCACUUCUAUAAACUUAUUUUAUUAGGAAUAUUAAAUACUAAAGGAUAAAUUGUGUGAAAAUAGCUGAAUUUUGGGUGGAUUUUGAUUAUAUAUAUAAAUUUUAAAAUAUACAAUGUAUUUUUGCGCAUUAAAUUUUUUAACUCGUUUCAAGAUACUUCCUCCGUCCCACGAAGCUUGACCUGUUUCCUUUUUUGGCAAAAAAUUUAUCCUUUAUUCACAUUUUUCACUUUUUCACCUACCACACUUAACACACAAAAUACCAAUUUCUUAAUUCCCGUGCCGAAAAAAACUAGGUCAUGCUUCAUGGGACGGAGGGAAUAUAUGAAAGUCAACUUUUUUGUUCUCACAUAUUUGAACUUUAAAAUUGACAUGGCAACCAUGUGAAAAAUUAAGAUUGUUGUUUAUAUUUGAGGUUCGUGAGAUUGAAAAAAAAUAGAGUUUAUGUUUUUAAGGAUAAAAUCUAAAGUUCAUGUGGGGAAAAAGGGAAAAGAGAAGCUCAUAUAUUUUGAGACAAGUUUGAAAGUUUACGUGUAAAAUCAAAAACGGGAUCAAAGUUCUUAUAUGAAUUAAUCUAAAUAUUAAGUAAAAAAUUCAUAAUUAUACUCUGUAAGCAAAUUCCAGAAUCAAUUUUAUACAUAAAGUUUUGAGUGUUAUUGAUAACCACCUUUACUUGCCGACUCAAAUUUUGGAAAACUAUGAAUAGUUUUCUAAUAACGGCAUGGUUUACAGUGUAAAUCAGCUGAGCGUUGACUGAUUUGUUAAAAGAUGCAAUCACAGAAAUAAUCAGAAUAGUUUACUCUCUUGAAAUAGAAAAUAAUGUUACAAAUUUGGUAGUAAAUUAAGUGCCACGUGGUAAGCUCGGAGCGUGUAUAAAAAAAGUCAAAUAGUACACGUCAUCGAUUCGGUCUCCUUCUGCCUAAUUCGCGAAAAUACCCUCCGAGUAUAAUUUAAUUCAAUUUCUUUUGUUUUUGAGAAAAUUUAAUUUAAUUCAAUUUCGAUUUAUCGAAAUCUAGUGUUUUAGGUAUGGGCAAUACCAAUUCUGUAGCCACUAAUUUUAUUUGACUUUUAAAUACAUGCUAUAUUGUCUAAAUUGACUAACAAGGAUUAAUAGCGUUACUUGAAUAUGAUAUUGUGAUUAAUUGAUUUUAUAUAUUGGACAUGAAUUAUAUGACACUAUUAUAUGUUAUAAAAUCUCAUUAUGACAAUUAUAUUCUUACUUGAUUCAUAUUUAGUAGUAAUAUAUUAUGUCAUAAAUAGUCAAAAUACAACUCGCUUACUAAUUAUUAGCACGUGUAACAACCAUUAAUUUAGUGAUGCAAAAAUAUUUAGUAACAAAUUGGUAGAUAUUUUAUUGUACCAAACAGCACAGGCGCUAGCUGUCACAUACACAACAAAGGGUAUUAUCGUAAUUUCAUUCAAUGAGAAGGGCACAUGUUUCGCCCCCUUCCCUAAUUUAAGCCCCCAAAAAUCCUACACUCGCAAACUCUCAUCUGUCUGUUAGUGUGUGUGUUUCGUGUAAUCUCACGGCGGAGCUUCCCACGCCGACGUCUAGAGAGAGAAAAACCCUCGCCGGAAAAUAAAAAUUAAAACAAUGUGCUCGACGAAGCACAAGCAGAAGCACCAAAACAGCCACAAUCACCCCCGGCACCUCCUCCACCGCGGCCGCCGGCACCGGAGAGGAGUGGAGAGAUGAGGCCAUCACCACCGGAUCGCUGAAGCACGUCGACCUCAAUACUGGAUCCAACGGCUGGGCGUCGCCGCCGGGGGACCUUUUCUCCGUCCGCGGCCCGAAUUACCUCACGAAGAAGGCGAAAAACCCCGCCGGCGAGUGGCUGAUGAAUCCGGCCGGCGUUGACUGGCUGAGAUCCAGCGCCAAACUCGAUCACGUCCUCGCGCGGUCCGGACAACCGCGUGAUGAACGCGCUGCGCGCCUCGAGGUGCGUGAAAUCGUCGAAGACCUUCAUCAUCGCGAUCAAUCUCCAGGUCCCCGGGCGCGAGCAUCACUCGGCGGUUUUCUACUUCUCCAGCAAGGUCGACGAGCCGAUUGGCUCGAACUCGCUGCUGUAUCAGUUCAUCAACGGCUCCGACGCCUUCCGCAGCAGUCGGUUUAAGAUUGUGAAUAAGAUCGUCAAAGGACCGUGGAUUGUGAAGACCGCGGUCGGGAAUUACUCGGCGUGCUUGUUAGGGAAGGCGCUGAAUUGCUACUAUCACCGCGGACCUAAUUAUUUGGAAAUCGAUGUCGAUAUCGGCAGCUUCGGCCAUCGCCACCGCGAUUUUGAAGCUGGCGUUGGGUUGCGUGACGGCGGUGACGGUGGAUAUGGCGUUUUUGGUUGAGGCGCAGAAGGAGGAAGAGCUGCCUGAACGGUUAUUCGGUGCCGUGAGGAUUUGUCAAAUGGAGAUGAGCUCGGCCACGUUUGUUGAUAGCGCCACCGCAACGAGCAAGGUUUUGCCGAUGAGUAGUGGCGGUGAAAGCGAAAAUGAGGAUGAUUAAAUCCUGCGGAUUUAUCAAAACAUCAUUUUCGUAACUCUAAUUAGCCGUGGUAAGUUUAUGAAAGAAUAUGAAAUUUCUCAGUGAUGAUGGUGAAAGAAAUAUGAUGAAUCCCUUAAUUUGGGGGUGAUGGGUGUAGAUAAUAACGUUUAGUGGCAAUGUUGAAUUCAUUUCACCAUUUUGAUCUA